AACUGAAAACGACAUCGUUCAAUUACUCUGAACGAAGUAGGGUUUAAGCCUCGUCUCUCCCAAACGAAUUACACCACCUAAAUCUUCUUCGUCGUUUCAAGACCAUUGAUGAGGAAAAUGAGAUCUUCCUUUGCUCCCAAACGAAUCUCUCCACCUAAUCUUCUUCGUUGUUUGAUAAACCCUAAACCCUUUUGUUCACAUUCUCGACUUCCCAAUGCACCCGAUGAUCCAAUUCCCGACGCUGAUUCUACCGGGAAAAUCAUGCCGAACCCAGGCUCCGCCGGGAAACCCAUCCACGGACCCGCUUGUCCUAAACAAACAUUAGACUCCGCGUCAUUGGACCAUGUACCUUACCUCUUCAGCGCCAAACACGGAGGCGACGAAAUGAACGAGGCGCGUGUGAUCGACGCGCUUCUGGGUUACAAGAACGACGCACCAACGGCUCGUCGGUACUACAAUUGGUCCAAGCCGAGGUGUGGGUUCGACGAAGGCGGCGACGUGUUCUGGGUACUGAUCCAUGUUCUUGUUGGUUCCCGCGAGACGUUCCGUCCCGCCAGAAAUUUGCUCAUACGGUACGUUUCCAAGUGUCCAACGCGAAAGCCGAGCGUAGCAGUUAAAGACAUGAUGGAUUGCGCUGAAAAGUUUGGGUUUGAGCUAAAUUUGCGAGCUUUUGAUUACUUACUGAAUGGUUAUAUCCGAUGUGGGCGUGUGGAUGAUGCCGUAGAUUGCUUCAAUCUAAUGAUAGAGCGAAAUAUGAUCCCUUUCGUUAAGUCUAUGAACAGUCUUCUUAGUGCUUUGGUUAGAAGGAAUUCCAUGGAUGAUGCUCGAAGACUGUAUAGUCAGAUGGUUGUCGUAGGUGUUACGGGUGAUUGCUUUACGAUCCAGUUGUUCAUGCGAGCGAGCUUGAGAAAAGGAAAGCCUGAAGAGGCUGUGGAGAUUUUCAAUGAUGCUAAGAAUAGAGGAGCCGGGCCUGAUGGAUCAAUGUAUAAUCUUGCUAUUCAGGCAGCGUGCAAGAUGUCGAAUUUGAGCAUGGCUUUUGGUUUGUUGACAGAGAUGAGAGAGAAAGCGUUUUUGCCGUCACAGGAAACGUAUACCAAUGCGAUAAUGGCUUCCAUGAGGGGGAGAAACAUGGUGGAGGCCUUGAGGUUGAAGGACGAGAUGGUGAGUUGUGGGAUACCGAUGAAUGUAAUUGCUGUGACGAGUCUGGUUAAAGGGCACUGUGAAAAGGGCGACAUGGUUAGGGCUUUUGAUUUGUUUAACGAGAUGAAGGAGAAGGGACCGUCCCCGAACGAGUUUACUUUCUCGGUAUUGAUAGAAUGGUGCACUAGGAAUGGGGAUAUGGAAAAAGCCGUUGAGCUAUACGAUGAAAUGAAAAUCUUAGGUGUUCCUCUUUCCGUCUUUCAUGUCAACUCAAUGAUUCAGGGGUAUUUGAUAUCUCGAACUCCGGAAAAGGCACUGAAAAUGUUUGAUGAAUCUGUUGAAGCUGGUGUUGCAAAUACUUUCAUCUGUAACAGUAUUUUGUCAUGGUUUUGCAAGCAAGGUAAGAUAGAUGAAGCUAUGAAGUUAGUAAGUAUGAUGGAGAGUAAAGGUAUUGAACCUAAUGUUGUUUCUUACAACAAUAUGAUGCUUGCCCAUUUCAAAGCGAAAAACAUGGAGGAAGCCCGUGUUGUUUUCGAAAAGAUGCUGGAGAAGGGUAUAAAGCCGAAUAACUUCACUUAUUCCAUUUUGAUUGACGGAUAUUCCAAGAACGGUGAUAUACAGAAGGCUAUUGAUGUCUUGAAUCUGAUAGAUUCUUCUAAUGUCACUCCCAAUGAGUUUGUGUACAACAGUUUUAUCAACGGUUUGUGCAAAGCCGGUAGGACAUCUAAUGCAAGAGAUGCAUUGAGAAAGUUUAUCGGUGAAAUGGGUUUUGGCCCGAGUGUCAUGACUUACAACAGUAUCAUAGAUGGGUUUGUCAAAGGAGGCAAGCUUGAUUCCGCGAUUGCUACUUACAGGGAGAUGUGUGUCAAUGGAGUUUCCCCCACUGUUGUAACCUAUACAAGCUUGAUCCAUGGGUGUUUCAAAUCUAAUAAGACAGAUCUUGUGCUGAAAUUGAGGAAUGAAAUGAAAGACAAGGGUAUCAAACCAGACAUUCCGGUCUAUGGUGCUCUAAUAGACGGUUUUGUGAAAAAACAUGACAUGGAAAAUGCGUCUGCUCUGUUCUCUGAGCUCCUCGAAUUAGGGUUAUAUCCAUCAGUGGCUAUUUACAAUAGCUUGAUUUCGGGAUACCGUAAUCUUGGAAAUAUGGAUGCAGCGCUUGAUUUGUACAAGAAAAUGACGAGUGACGGUAUACGUUGUGAUCUUCCAAUGUAUACAACACUGAUCGAUGGGUGUUUGAAGGAGAGAAAGUUGGAUGUUGCUUCAGAUUUGUACUCGAAAAUGCUUGAAGAGGGUAUUCAACCUGAUGAAGUCAUGUCUACUGCACUUGUCACUGGUCUCUGUAAGAAAGGGCAGCUGGAGAAAGCACGUAAAAGUUUCGAAGAGAUGGGGAAGAAGGAUAUGACUCCGAACAUUCUUAUAUAUACUGCCCUGAUCGCGGAAUAUUUCAGGGAAGGAAAUCUGGCAAAGGCUUUCGCACUUCAUGAUGAGAUGCUUGAUAAGGGUCUUACGCCUGAUGGCUGUACAUAUGAUAUUCUCUUUGGCAAGAAACUCGGUGGGUUAAAUUCUCAUUCCGCUACUGGAAAUAUAUAGUCCGGACUGCGCGAGGUAUGUGCUGUCCGUUUCUCGUGCUCGUAUAGUUUCACUUGCUUGAAAUUUCGGAGGGCUCAUACGAGAAAGGGGAACUCAAUACUGUUCUGCUAAUUCCAUACGCAAGGCAAGUCAGGUCUCAGAAUUCUGCGAGAACUACAAAAUGGGGACCCUUGUUUUAUCGUUCUGCCAUGGUGAUUGAGCGCAUCGUGUGUAAACAGCAUAGGCAUCCGUGUCCCGACGGGUGAGGACGGGGAAAAGGGUGAUGCCGAUAUGCCGAAGCAAACACUUACAUGACCUCUGCUUGUCGAGAAGAGAUCCUCUGGACAUGGAGGCUGAUCAUCCAUUGGAGCAUGAACAGGCAGAACUCAUAACGGGUUUGGUGUUUUCAGUUAAAGAGUACAGUUCUGUCUCCAUGUGUGAACAACUUAACGUUGAUUUGUGAUCUGCAAAAUAAUGCAGUAGCUGUAA